AAUAAAGGCUGAGAUCCGUCCUGAACCGUCUCCUGCCGACAGGACGCCAAAGCUGAUAAGAUGUGGGGAAAGAUCCAGUUGUUGACCUUCGCCCUCGUGCUCACAGUGGCCUGGGCCGCGCCCCACGAUGGCGAUCACGGAGAACAUUCCGCAGAUCACCAUCUCCAUCUCCACCACGGCAAGGACGAGCAGCACCCCAGCCACGAAGGAGGAGACGACGCUUGUCACAAACUCGCACCCCACAACGCCGACUUCGCCUUCGCCCUGUACAAGAAGCUGAUCAGCCAGGCCGACGCCAAGGGCAAGAACAUCUUCUUCUCUCCGCUGAGCAUCUCCAUGGCUCUGUCCAUGCUGGCCCUGGGUGCCAAGGGUGAGACCCACUCCCAGAUCUUCAGCACUCUGGGCUACGGUUCCCUCACCGAUGAGCAGGUCAACGAAGCCUACGAGCACCUCCUGCACAUGCUGGGCCACAGUCAGGACGCCAUGCUGCUGGAGACAGGAGGAGCCCUGGCUGUCCGAGAGGGAUUCAAACCGGUCGAGAAGUUCCUGAAGGACGUCCAGCAUUUCUACCACGGAGAGGCCUUCAGCGUAGACUUCUCCAAACCUGAAGUCGCAGUCGAGGAGGUCAACAAGUACAUCGCCAAAAAGACCAAAGACAUGAUCACCGACAUGGUCAAGACUCUGGAUCAGGACACCGUCAUGAUGCUCAUCAACUACAUCUACUUCAGAGGAAAGUGGGAGAAACCUUUUGAAGUCGAGCGCACCCUCAAAGCCGACUUCCACGUGGACGAGAACACCAAGGUGACCGUUGACAUGAUGAAGAGGACCGGACGCUUCGACUUCCACCAGGACCGGGAUAACUUCACAUCCGUCAUCAUGGUGCCCUACAAAGGCAACACCUCCAUGAUGAUCGUUCUGCCCGACGAAGGGAAGAUGGAAGAGGUGGAGAAACACCUGAGCAAAGAAGACCUCAAGUACUGGCAUGACAAACUCUUCAGAAGCUCUGUAGACCUGUUCAUGCCCAAGUUCUCCAUCUCUGCAUCCUCCUGUCUUGGGGACACCCUGAAGGAGAUGGGCAUGACCGAUGCGUUUGCAGACAGCGCCGACUUCUCCGGGAUCAGCGAGGAGACCAAACUGAAGGCUUCCAAGGUUCUUCACCAGGCGGUCCUCAAGGUCGAUGAGAAGGGCACCGAGGCCGCCGGCGUCACCACUAUUGAGAUCAUGCCCAUGUCUCUGCCUGACACCAUGAACCUCAACAGACCCUUCCUGGUGUUCAUCGUGGAGGACAGCACCAAGAGCAUCCUCUUCAUGGGCAAGAUCACCAACCCUACUGUGUAACUGGAGCCGCCUGUGGUCUCGCCCAGCAAGCGUCCAUUAAUAUAUGAAAACAUCCAUAAGUGACGUUUUUUUAAUUGUUAAAUGUUUUGGAUUGACUUUGAUUGACCAGAACAUGAAUAAACAUUUACUAAUGAAACCAAA